GUGCAGAGGUACUGACUGACCUGCUUCCGGCAGCAAGGCCGCGCCGGGCGGGAGGGAAUCGCAGGCCGCGGGACCACCGGUGAUGCCAUGUCCCUGCAGAAGAUUCUAUCGGAGAGGAUCGUGGAAGCUCGGGAACUGCUGGAAAGGGCAGAGGCAUUAUCCCAUUCCCGUGCUGGUGGGGUGCAAGGAGGGCCCAAGCUCUGCGGCAAGCUGAAGGCUGAGCUAAAGUUCUUGCGCAAAGUGGAAAUGGGUAAAGUUUCGGUGAAGGAAUCACACCUACAGAGCACAAACCUCACCCAUCUCAAGGCAGUCAUUGAAUCAGCCGAGAGCCUGGAGGAUGUGGUCAGCCUUUUGCACGUAUUUAACUAUCAGGAGCCUUCUGGCGAAAAGCAGUCCCUGGUUGUGGAUGUCGUCGCAAAUGGCGGACUUACCUGGGUCAAGGCUAUCGGCCGGAAAGCUGAGGCAUUGCAUAGUAUUUGGGUGGGGAGGGGCCAGUACGGUGACAAAAGUAUUGUCGAACAAGCAGAGGAUUAUUUGGAAGCCAGCAAGCAGCAGCUGGUGCAGUAUAGUAAUCCACAUGUUGUGUUUGCAUUUUAUAAUGGCAUUUCUAGCCCCAUGGCAGAGAGACUGAAUGAAAUGGGGCUGUCUGUUCGAGGAGAUAUAGUUGCAGUGAAUUCAAUGAUUGAUUUCAUGGACGAGGAUGAUAACUCAAGUGAUUCGUCAGAAGAUCUGGAGGAGCCUUUGCAAGUGACCAAAGUAGACCGGUCUACAAUCGUUGCCAGUGUUGCCUUUCCCACCGAAGUUAAAGUGGAUUUGUGCAAUCGUGUCAAUUUAGAUAUAACCACCCUGAUUACCUUUGUUUCAGCAGUAAGUCACGGAGGCUGUUACUUCAUCUUUAAGGAGAAAGUGUUGACUGAACAAGCUUCUCAGGAAAGGGCGGAGAACGUCCUGCCCAAAUUGCAAGCCUUUAUGAAGGACAAAGAACUAUUUGCCUGCGAGUCGGCAGUGAAAGAUUUUCACGCAAUUUUGGAAACGUUAGGUGGCCCCGGAGAAAAGGCUCGGGCACAGAAACUACUGCAGCGAAUCAUAGUUGUCCCGGAUCGCCCUUCUGAUCGGGCCUCCAAAUUGAACGUCAGUGCAAAAAUCAACAGUCGCUCGAUUAGAAUUUUUGGAACUGGAGAUGCUUUAAAGGCAAUCACAAUGACGGCAAACAGCGGGUUUGUUCGAGCAGCAGACAAUCAGGGCGUGAAAUUCAGCGUAUUUAUUCACCAGCCUAGAGCCUUAACAGAGAGCAAGGAAUCGACAGCAAGUACUUUAUGUACUGUUCAUGAGAAUCUUGGAUGAUGGCUUAGUAAUAUAAAGCAAACUCUUCUGGUCAAAUAUUUACAUUGUCAAGUCUUAAA